ACCCCGCACACGCAGCGCCGCAACCACCAAACCCUAAACCAAGAGCAAGUUCUAAUCUACGGCAAUGUCGAAGGAGCUUGGGGUCCAAAUCGAGGCCAGCCGUUUGGGCCACCUUGCCAUCACAGACGAGGAAGGUUGCACCUACAUCUCCGGCGGCGCCGUCCGCUGCAAGAGUGUCGAUGCCCCUUUGGAAGCAUCCGGAUGGGAGGAAUUUCGUGGCUGGAUUGAUAUAGAGGGGAUUCCGCCGGUUAAAAUUCUCAAAUUCCCUGUUGUGUUCGAGGAACUGUGGGGAUGGGACAGGCUACUUCCUUAUGAUUUGGUUUUAGAGGAUCCAUCUGACUUGCCCAUGUACGAGUCCUACCUGGAGCAGUUUUACAACUUGAAUAGUGGUGCUGCUUCUGAUCAUUAUAACAGCAAAGCAGCUGCCGACGCUGCCUUGAAGUGUUUAGAGAAGGAGAAAGACCUGUGCUCUGAGUGGAAGAUUAAGAGGGCCAAAGCCAUAUCUUUUGAUGAGUCUUGGAGCAAUUGCGUCCAGAAAUGCAUGUCUGACAUUGUGGACGAUGCAGGAAGUGAAUCAAGACGCCCUUUUGCCACCUAUGCUGCUGCUGUAUGUAGCUAUCUCUAAGAAUCGGAAUUAACAAGUGGCCAUUUAGUAUUCAUUCAUUUUUUCACUGUUCAACUUUAACAAAUUGAUUGUCAUAGAUGAAAGAGCCUCACGAGUUUCUUUUUGUCAACUAUUUGCUAAAAUAAUGGAUGGAUCGCUUCAAGUGUAUUAUGAAGGAGGCUGAGUUGAUGAUUGAGUGGCUGAGGCAGGGGUCCUCUGUUCCCUAUGAAGAGUACACCACAUGCUAUGAAAUUCGGGAGUGUGCCCUGGAACUUGCAAUGUUCGAAGGGGAUUGGUCUAUCCAUCUUGACGCGCUCCUUCUGGGUAUCACCAAGGAGACUCAGUCUUUGUUGGACAAUGCAAGGCUUGCUUCUUCAAAGUCCAUAGAGAUUUCCACCAAAAUCCGUGCAUAUUGCGUAGCAUAUCUAAGUGACAAAUUUAAUGAAUUUCAAUCGCAUGCUACAAAAACACUCGAGGUCAGCGGCGAAAUGGAGGUUGAUGAUGUCUCUGCAGUGGAAGUAAACCAACCUACAGGGUAUGUUGUGAAUAAAAACCGCUCUUGUUUUCU